AUGUCACACGAACCAAUCACUACGAAUCGCUAUUUUGUACUGAUCAUCAUGUCAUGUCGGAGACGCGAGCGAUUUUUAACGCGCAUGUGCGUCAGUGCUACAUUAGUACCGUGGAAGGUGUUCAGACACGAAUUGAAUCAGGUUCAUUCGAUCAGCACGGGAUUGCAAGCAAUGGCCCUGAAAUCCACGAUAGAUUUGACAUGUAAUGAUUAUAUCUCUAACUUUGAAUUCGACGUAUUCACGAGGCUGUUUCAACCGUGGUCAACUCUUCUACGCAACUGGAAAAUUCUGGCUGUGACGCAUCCUGGCUACGUGGCUUUCCUUACGUACGACGAGGUGAAAGCCCGUUUGCAAAAAUAUUGCAUUACCAAGCCUGGGAGCUAUGUAUUUCGAUUAAGUUGUACGAGGCUGGGACAAUGGGCAAUUGGUUACGUCACGUCUGACGGUGAUAUUUUACAAACUAUACCACACAACAAGAGUCUAUGCCAAGCAUUAUUGGACGGCUACCGGGAAGGCUUCUACUUAUAUCCGGACGGUCGAAAUAUAAAUCCAGACUUGACAUGGGCGGUGCAACCAACGCCAGAAGAGCAUAUCAAAGUAACGGCGGAACAAUAUGAAUUAUACUGCGAAAUGGGUAGCACAUUUCAAUUGUGUAAGAUCUGCGCCGAGCAUGACAAAGAUGUAAGGAUAGAACCUUGCGGUCAUCUUCUCUGUACUCCAUGCCUUACAGCUUGGCAGGAUUCCGAGGGACAAGGUUGUCCGUUUUGUAGAGCUGAGAUUAAAGGCACCGAACAGAUCGUCGUAGAUCCGUUCGACCCGCGAAGAACUCACAGACCCGGGGCGCAUUCGGCGUCUGCUAGUAACGCAUCGACUCCCACGCGGGAUCUCGACCCUGAUACCGAGGAUAUAAUGGAGCUAUGCAAUGGCAAUUGCGGUCUCAUAUGCGACGAUUCGGACGAGGAAGAUGAUUCUAGUCCCACAAAUUCGCCGGUGCCGCCGCGGAGAAUUAUUCCAAGUCCGCCUUUACCACCCAGGAGGCCCUCGCCGUCGCCCACACCGAACAAUCACUUCAGAAACGGACGUCAUCUGACAGUGCCGAAGGAAAAUGCUCCGCCACCACCGUCAGCGGUCACAGUAAUAUUAAAUUAUACCGACAACACUCAGCAAAAUAAUAAAGUUAACACAGAGGCGAGAUACGACAUGCUGCACCGCGCAUCUUCGCCGUCGUCAGUGCCGCCGGUACCGCCUGUGCCACCAACGACGGUGGUAAAGGUUCAUCCACGACGUUCCCAUGGGAAUCACGCGGCAGGCACCCCGCAACGACAAUCGCAGCCACCGCCGACAUUGCCAGAAAAAGCGUGUCGCGUCACUGCAACCAACUCGAUAAUGAAUCAAACUGGAGGUCCAAGUAACAACGUGCCUCCUGUACCGCCGCCCUUGUCGGCACCGCGGCCACCGAAGACUAGCAAGGAGGGUGGCAUCCGUCAAGACCAUCAUUAUGAGAAUACGAUUGUGAUCUGCGGCACGAGUCAACAUGUUGUAAAGAACAUUAACCUGGAAGCGAACAGGGCACGUCUCACGGCACUGAUGAGAGCGAGAGAUGAUCCGGGUAGUGAUGGCGGUGGUGGACCGGUAACCAAACCGGAGUCGGCGGCGUACGAGAAUGUCAAUGUCGAGCAUAUCACAAGGCUGACAGCGCUCGGUUUCGCGCAGGACGCCGUGAUCAGGGCACUCGGCAUCACCAGGAAUGAUCUGGAGAUGGCAUGUGACAUAUUGCAUGAAUUUGCCACGAAAUCCUCCUGACCAGGACCGAACACUGAAGUCUCAUGACCGACCUUACCUGCUAGACGGUACUUUUGACAAGAAACGCGCGCGAACUUUUGUAAGUCCCACCUCUGAUGCGUUCACAGAUGCAUCGCGCGCGCGUUCUCACUGAGCGUCUCCUCACGUUAGUACGGUAUCGGCGGUGUUCCAUUUUAUGCUUCAAACUGUGAGGGGGAGAGACACGCUUGCAAGCAGACAGUGAGCCGUGAGCGUGAGUCACCGAGGGAGAACCAAUGGAGAGAAACUGAGGAUGGGAGAGCUUUUGAAGCAUCUUUCAAAAAACACCGGAACACGUUUCACGGAUUUUUCCUCGUUACAUACUGACUUUCGAUCUUCAACCAUAAGUUCAAACGUUUUCGUUUCCUGACGCGUAGGAGACUGUUCGUAUCGCGUGAUUUCACUAUACGUGGCACACGAACGGCAAGAUGUAAAUAAAGACGACGAUCGACCAAAGACAA